CCAAGGUUACAACAAGGAGGUUACAAUCGAUUUCAAGGAAAAAGAAACACAAAGAUGAUGUUACUCGAUAUACCUUGAAGAAUAAUCGAUAGCUACAAUCUCUAUCCGCGCUUCAGAAAUGCGCAUUGCACAGUCGCAGUCGCCCGAGAAGAAGAAGAAGUAAACCGAUUCUCUGUGUUUCCCGCUUCUCUACUUCUUGCUUGUUUCCAACUGCCAAAUGCCUAAAUCGUGUAUAUAUAGCCUUUCGGCUGGCCCAAUAAAAGCUAUCAAUUGGCAUAAAUAAGGCCCAUUAAUAAAACUCAGUUAUCUACUAUAAUAUCGAACAAAAGGGUUCUCCUUCUUUUUGAACACCACAUGCUCUACGUCAGAAAUCACAUGCUCACGAUAAGUUGUAUUAUCUUAAGUAAAACUAUCCAUUUAAUCAUUUCAUUGGGCCACUGAAUAAAAAGGCCCAUUAACAGUGGUCUUCCUUGGAGUUAUGAGACGGUAACAUUCAUUAGGCAUUAGGGUUUCAGUGCCUUAAAUAUCGACAGAAUCUAGGGAAGAAAAAAAGCACCUACAGAAGAAAAAAGAAAAGAGUCUUCAAAGAUAUCUAAACUUUUUUUGUUCAUCGAUCUUUGUUUGGAGCUUGAAACAAUAUGAAGACGAUGAUAUCCAAUCUUCCCAAAGACUUGCUAGAGGAGAUUCUCUCUAGGGUUCCGGUGAAAUCAAUAAGUAAAGUACGAUCUACUUGCAAAAACUGGAACGUCUUAACUAAGGAUCAGAGAUUUGCCAAUAAACAUAUUGAAAAAGCAACAGCAUCACAACAAGAAAAGGAGGUUCUUGUGAUCACUGGGGAUGCCAACUAUGAUUUGAUCAACGUCAAAUUCUAUGACUUUCACAACAAAACCUUUGGUCCAUCCACAAAAAGCAACGGUAUACUUAUUACCCAACAAAACUCAGAUUCAGGAGUCUUUGUACGUGAUAUCUUUUAUUGCAAUGGUUUACUGCUAUGUGUAUUGGGAAACGUCAAACUUAGGCUUUUGGUUUGGAACCCAUAUUGGGGUAAAACAAGAUGGAUCAAAUCCCCAACAAAACGUUCGGGUGAGAUGUUUGCUUUUGGAUACGACAAAUCAUCUCGUACCCACAAAAUUCUUAGGUUAAGCAAAUAUGAUGAUGAUCUCUUCAUCCACAUGGACAUCUACGAUUGGAGUUCUGAUUCAUGGAGGAUUCUUGAUGCCACUUUUGACACCAAUAUAUUUGAGUGUAUUAAACCUGGCUUGUCUUUGAAGGGAAACACUUACUGGUAUGUCGAGUUAGAAGAUGGUUUCUUACACUGUUUUGAUUUUACUAGAGAAAGGUUUGGACCGCUUCUGCCUCUACCAUUUAAGUGGAGUUAUGGAUUCAAUGAAUCUCUAUCUUUGAUUAAAGAAGAUAAGCUUGCAGUGUUAUUAGAGCCCUGGGAUAUAUUUGAGAUUCCUGUUUGGGUUACUAAUAAGAUUGAGCCUGACGCUGUGUCCUGGAGCAUGUUCUUCAAAGUUGAAAGGUUGAAACUCGAUUGUGGUUUCCUGUUUGGGAGUUUCUUGCUUGACGAGGAGGAGAAGACCGUUGUGGUCUUUGAUGAUGGCCAUACCUCUUACAAUAAAACAUGCAUCAUUGAUGGGGAGAGUGGUCAUUUAAGAGAAGUGGAGGGCUUAAGAUCUCCACACUCACAACUUUACAUUAUUGUGAGCAAUUAUGUUCCAAGCUCUGUUCAAAUCUAAGCUAACAGAUCACAUUUACAUGUUCUUUCAAACAAUUUUAAAUAACAAGCUGUAACUCACCUCUCUUUUAUUUUUUAUAUGAUCA